GGAAAACGCCGGCGUUCGUGAUCUGUGCGGCUAGGCGGGCGGUCGGGUGAAGUGCGCGGACCAUUUAGGCUGGGCUGACUGAUAGCACGUCAGUGAAGCGUUCGUGCCACAAUGCACAAGCUAGCGUUUUUCGUGUUGUCGCUAUGCAUUUUGUCACAGGUUGCUGUACCAAAGGCUGCAGCUGAAGAUGACAUUGAUCCAAAUCCCAAAGUUGAUGAAGAUCUUGGAGCAAGCAGAGAGGGAUCAAGAACAGAUACGGAGACAGUCGAAAGAGAGGAGGAGGCUAUCAAGCUGGACGGCCUUAAUGUGGCUCAAAUGAAGGAAUUGCGAGAGAAGUCUGAAAAGCAUGUUUUCCAGGCAGAAGUUAACAGAAUGAUGAAGCUGAUCAUCAACUCCCUGUACAAAAACAAAGAGAUCUUCUUGCGAGAACUGAUUUCCAACGCGUCUGAUGCUCUGGACAAGAUUCGCCUGCUGUCGCUGACGGACCGGAACGCCCUGAACGCCACGCCGGAGAUGUCCAUCAGAAUCAAGGCUGACAAAGAGAACAAGAUGCUGCACAUCACAGACACUGGCGUGGGCAUGACAAAGGAUGACCUCAUCAAGAACCUGGGCACCAUUGCCAAGUCUGGAACUUCCGACUUCUUGGCGAAAAUGUCCGAAUCCAAUGAUGUUCAGGAGCUGACUGAUAUGAUCGGACAGUUCGGUGUUGGAUUCUACUCUUCUUUCCUGGUGUCCGACAAUGUUAUCGUAACGUCGAAGCACAACGACGAUAAGCAGUACAUCUGGGAGUCUGACUCGGCCAGCUUCAGCAUCGCCGAGGACCCACGCUCGGAUACCCUGAAGCGCGGCACCACCGUCAGCCUGGUGCUGAAGGAAGAGGCUCAAGAUUUCCUGGAACUGGAUACCCUGAAGAAGAUCAUCAAGAAGUACUCACAGUUUAUUAACUUUGACAUGUACCUGUGGGAGAGCAAGACUGAGGACGUGGAGGAGCCAGUUGAGGAGGACGAAAAGCCGGAGGAGGAGAAAGAGAAGUCCGAAGAUGGCGAGGUGGAGGUGGAGGAAGAAAAGGAGGAGAAGCCAAAGACCAAGACUGUCUCGAAGACCACUUGGGAUUGGGUGAAACAGAAUGAUGCCAAGCCCAUCUGGACCAAAAAGCCGGCUGAUGUGGAGGACACAGAGUACAACGAAUUCUACAAGGCGCUGACCAAGGACUCCAAGGACCCGCUGGCCAAGACGCACUUCGUGGCGGAGGGCGAGGUGACGUUCAAGUCGCUGCUGUACGUGCCUCGCGUGGCCCCCACCGACAUGCUGCGCAACUACGGCACCAAGACCGAGAACAUCCGACUGUACGUGCGCCGCGUCUUCAUCACCGACGACUUCAAGGACAUGAUCCCCAGCUACCUGAGCUUCGUGCGCGGCAUCGUCGACUCCGAUGACCUGCCGCUCAACGUCAGCAGGGAGGACCUGCAGCAGCACAAGCUGCUCAAGGUCAUCAAGAAGAAGCUGGUGCGCAAGGUUAUUGACAUGCUGAAGAAGCUAAACGACGAAGAUUACGAGCAGUUCUGGAAGGAGUACUCCACCAGCAUCAAGCUGGGCGUGUUUGAGGACGCCUCGAACCGCAGUCGGCUGGCCAAGCUGCUGCGCUUCUUCACAUCGCACGACGAGGAGGAGCAGACGUCGCUGGCCGACUACGUCAAGCGCAUGAAGGACGGACAAGAUCAUAUCUACUAUGUGGCCGGAGCUGACCGCAAGGAGUGCGAGUCGUCGCCGUUCGCCGAGCGUCUGCUCAAGAAGGGCUACGAGGUGCUCUACCUGACGGAGCCGAUCGACGAGUACGCCGUCUCGUCGCUGCCCGAGUUCGAGGGCAAGAAGUUCCAGAACACGGCCAAAGAGGGCAUGAAGCUCAAGGAGGACGUCGACAGCAUGGAGGAGCUAGAGAAGACGUACGAGCCGCUCACCAAGUGGCUGGCCGAUGACGUGCUGAGCGAGGAGGUGGGCAAGGUGGCCGUCAGCAACCGGUUGACGUCGACGCCGUGCGCGCUGGUGGCCUCCCAGUUCGGCUGGACGGGCAACAUGGAGCGGAUCGUCACGUCGCAGACGCACACCAAGGCCGACGACCCUAGCCGCCAGUACUACAUGGGCCAGCGCAAGACGCUCGAGAUCAACCCACGUCACCCGCUCAUGAAGGAGCUGCUCCGUCUGGUGGAGGAGGGCAGCACCGACGAGACGACACGCGACAUGGCGCGCAUGCUCUACCGCACGUCCGUGCUGCGCUCCGGCUUCCAGCUGAAGGACACGGUCAGCUUCGCGUCCAGCAUCGAGACGAUGAUGCGCAAGACGCUGGGCGUGCCGCUGGAUGAGCUGCCGGAGGAGGAGCCGGUGGCGGCCCCGGCGGAGGAGGCCGAGGAGGUGGCGGCUGACGACGACGCCGCCGCCGCCGCCUCCGACAAGGAGGAGCACGACGAGCUGUAAGGCGGCACGCCCGCCAGCCGUCAGCGGACACAAACCCAUGUGAUAUGUGGUGGGACAGAGCCGGACUCGCCGCACACGGCCACUGCUCUGUGUUUGCGUGUGUGAGUGGGCGUGCGGCGCGGGCAGCACGAGGCUCGGCCGGUCCUUCACUCCUUCCAGCUGUGGCGGUCAGGACGCUGUCCACGGUGGCGUCGCACGUCCGUGAUGGCGAGUUGACACGCGGGGGUCAGGGGACGCAGCGCGCGUGGCACGGCUGGUUUGACUGGGCACGACUUAAAUUGGCCGGCGGUGGAUUUCGACUAGACCUGCGGUGCGAUGUUCCGUUAGCGUGGCUGGGCGAAUUUGGCAGUUUUGUUUUUGUUCUUCAUUAUCAUCCGGAGUCUGGGAACAUUGGGCGUAGUAUGGUGGGUGCCGGGAGGCCGGUCCCAAGAACCACCGAUUUUGAAGCAAAUGUCCCGGAAGUAAAACAAGUGUUCGUUUUGGGGACUUCCCAUUUCCGUGGGAAUGGUCGUUGUAUACUGGGGACGCGCCCACUACCACAAGGCUGGCCGCAACGAAGUUGAGUGUCGUCACCCGUUCGUUCGUGUUGUCCCAGUGUGGACGUUGAAACAAUCUCCCGCGAUUACCGAUGCUCAUCAGUCACGUUUGUUAUGCAUGAUGCUAUUUAUGUUACACUGCAGUGACCACGCGUUUUAUGUUGGAUGUUCUUCGUGCGAUAGCGGCAUUAAAAAUUGCACUUGUCCGUGUUGGCAUUCCCCGACAUGUAGAUAUCUGGGAUCAAUACAAGUCGUGCUACAAGGUG